UCUAUGAUCUAUGGAAUGACAAUGACACAACGAAUGAUAAUUGACGAGUGUCACAAUAUUUGACAGUAGUGAGAAGACUAGCACCUGUCAUGUUCGGUGGGGCUCUGAACGAUGCUCCCUUGGAAUUCACCAAGAGGAACACCAAGUCUGCAGAUGACAAGGACGACUCCAGCCAGAGUCCUUCAGACAAAAGGUCCAGAAGCACUGGCAAGAGCUCAAGGGACAGGAGGGACACAGAAAAAUCCUACGAUUCCGAUUCGAAUAUGUCCAGUUCUCAGGAUGUCAUUUCCAUAGCUAGCGGGCCCAGUCUGGGGGGCCCUAAUAUGUGGGGAGGGAUGAUGGGUAU